CAGCGGUAGGGGGCGCUGUACGCGCUCAAAAGCACAGUCAUCACUGCAGCUGUAGUAACACAAACAACACAGAUAGACGUAAGCAACGGGACUUGAAGAAGCUCAAAACAUUUCUCCUGUGAUACUGCUUCACAUAACAGUUACGCUGGAAUUUUCGGAGACCGACUCAGACAUGUCAUAUGUCUUCAUCAGUGACUCGUCACAGACCAGUGUGCCGUUACUGCAGGCUUGUGUCGAUGGGGACUUGAGUUUUGCUAGACGUCUGCUGGAGGCUGGCUGUGACCCCAACAUUCGUGACCACAGGGGCCGCACUGGUCUGCAUCUGGCAGCGGCGCGAGGUAAUGUGGACAUCUGCCGCUUCCUGCACAAGUUCGGUGCAGAUCUGCUGGCCACCGAUUAUCAGGGCAACACUGCACUGCACCUGUGUGGACAUGUGGACACCAUUCAGUUCCUGGUGUCCAACGGCCUCAAGAUUGAUAUUUGUAACCACAAUGGCUCGACACCACUGGUGCUGGCUAAGAGGAGAGGGGUCAAUAAAGAUGCCAUUCGGUUACUAGAAGGACUUGAAGAGCAAGAGGUCAAGGGCUUCAACAGAGGAGCCCACUCCAAACUUGAAGCCAUGCAGAUGGCUGAGAGCGAGAGUGCGAUGGAGAGCCAUUCAUUGUUGAAUCCAAACCUGCAGAACAGCGAGGGUGUGCUGUCCAGCUUUCGCUCCACCUGGCAGGAGUUUGUGGAGGACUUGGGCUUCUGGAGGGUGCUGCUGCUGCUGCUGGUCAUCGCCCUUCUUUCUUUGGGCAUUGCUUACUAUGUUAGUGGCGUUCUGCCCUUUUCUGCAAGUCAGCUGGAGUUGGUCCACUGAGGGCCAGAUUGUGUUAUCUCGGGACCAGACGAGUCCAACUUUGAACUAAAGGGAGGUUUGAGUGGACUCUGAAGGUACACUGAAGGUUCCUCAUAGUACAGGAUUAGGUCUAAUGUGAAGUUUAGAAACAAUCUUGUUGUUCACACAGGUGAGGUCGAGUGACAGCGUUCACAUGAUGAUGGCUGCACUAUGAAGGAAAACUGAAAGGUUAAGGUAUUUAUGGGAGAAACGUUUCUCAGAUACACCUAAAGUGAUGUAAACCCAUUUCCCACAGAUCUUUCCAUGGUCACUGAACCUGGCCAACUGUUGAACCGUAGACAUACGCACUUGUAAUAAUUUGUAAGCAAAUUAUGUAAGGUGAUGUAAGCAGCAUUAGAUGACCGUUGUAGAUCAGGCAUGAUGUUUUCAUCCUCGUAUUUACCUAUUUUCUUUUCCGUCAUCUUUAUUUUAAAUCAUCUUUAUUCUUAUCUUUAUUGUGUAAGUAUGACAGUCGACCAGUUAACACACACAUAUGCUAAUUUACUUAUCUAUGAUUCAACAAUGUAACAUGAAACAUUGUUUAAAGUAAUAUGUAAAAUGUUAUAUAUAUCAAUAAAUGAUGAUUGACAAAACUUA